AUGUCAGAAGAAAUAGUAAACGUUCCCCCCAACGUCAACCUGUCGUUAUGGAAGAAGAAUGCAACAGAAAGCGAUGUUCAUCGAUUUAAUUCUCUUCCGUCCAAAAUUAGUGGGGCGCUCACUAGAGAACAAAUUUAUUCGUAUCAAACCAUGUUCAGGAUUCAAGAAAUUACUAUCAAACUGCGUACUAAUGAUUUUGUUCCUCCCUCCAGAAAAAACAGAUCACCUUCGCCACCACCAGUUUAUGAUGCCCAGGGUAAAAGAACGAAUACCCGUGAACAGAGAUAUAGAAAGAAAUUAGAGGAUGAACGUAUCAAGUUGGUUGAGAUUGCGUUAAGGGCUAUUCCUUACUUUGUUCCUCCGGAUGAUUACAAAAGGCCAACAAAAUUCCAAGAUAAGUAUUACAUCCCAGUAGAUCAAUAUCCAGACGUUAAUUUUGUCGGCCUGUUACUAGGUCCUCGUGGGCGUACUUUGAGAAAAUUACAGGAGGAUUCUAAUUGUAAAAUUGCAAUCAGAGGAAGAGGUUCCGUUAAAGAAGGUAAAAAUGCAAGUGAUUUACCUCCAGGCGCUAUGAAUUUCGAGGACCCAUUGCACUGUUUGAUCAUCGCGGAUUCAGAAGACAAGAUUCAGAAAGGUAUAAAGGUUUGUCAAAACAUUGUCAUUAGAGCCGUGACAUCUCCCGAGGGUCAGAAUGACUUGAAACGAGGACAAUUAAGAGAACUAGCAGAACUUAAUGGUACUCUAAGGGAAGAUAAUAGACCUUGUCCGAUCUGUGGCCUAAAGGAUCAUAAAAGAUAUGAUUGUCCAAAUAGAAAGGUUCCAAGUAUCCAAGGCAUCGUAUGUAAAGUAUGUGGUCAAACGGGACACUUCAGUAGAGACUGUAAAUCAUCAUCUCAAAGGAUAAGCCGCUUUGAUGGAAACGUGUCUGCAAAUAGUAGUUUACCGAUACAGAACAACAGCCACCACAAUAAUAAUGGUGCCUACCCAGCCCAAGCGGCAAAAAAAUCUCGUUUUGGUAACAGUGUAACCGAUGGUCCUCAAAGAUUCCCCACCUCAUCACGCUAUGAACCAACACCCUCACCACCUGCGCCACGCCUUCCAAACCGAACGUACAACGGGACGCCCACGCCUCCUCCUGGUUUAAGUUCAGGUACGUUUAGCUCAGGAGUUCCAGGAAUGGCUCCACCACCAUCGCGAAACCCUCUAGAAUCGGAACAACCCAAAUUGGCUCUAGCACCUCCGCCUGGAAUGACUACAGUACAAUCUUCAAUUGCACCACCUGGAAUGACCACCGUACAAUCUCCCAUUGCACGUCCUCCAGGACUAAGUGGCCCUCCAGGGCUUUUUAGUACCACAGACAAUGACACCAACAACACUAAACCUCCGGGACUUCAAGGGCCUCCUGGAUUAUAA